AUGCUCGGAAUGAAGGAAAUCACGCGCAUUUCCAUUCUCAGCCGGCGGCCAGUGCCAAUGGCUAGUGGUCACGAAGACAAGGCGAAGGUCAUCAUACACAAGGACUUCAAGAAGUAUGAUCCGUCGCUACUUGAGGAGCUGAAGGACGCCCAGGGAUGUGUAUGGUCGCUAGGCGUAUCGCAAAACUCAGUCAACAAGACCGACUACUAUGAUAUCACGCACGACUACACCAUGGCCGCCGCUGAAGCGUUCAGCACCCUGCACCCCGACUCCCCCUUCACAUUCGUCUACGUUUCCGGGGAAGGUGCGACCCAGAAACCCGGAAUGUUCACGCCCCUUUUCGGCAAAGUCAAGGGAGAGACAGAGACGUCACUGCUAGACUUUGGCAAUAAGACACCAAACUUCAACGUCUACAACGUGCGGCCCGGUGGUGUGGAUUGGACAAAGCACCCCGAGAUUCAUGAUUACAUGCCACAGCAGGCAUUCUACAAGAGAAUGCUUAUGCCAGGGCUUAAUGCACUCGCAAGCGGCAUCAUGACACCUACACAGCCCCUCGGGAAGAUUCUGACGCAACUGGCAAUGAGCAAGGGGGCCCCGCUCAAAGGGACGGACAUACUCGCAGAGGGGCGAAUUGUGCCGAAUGUAGCUAUUAGGCGAAUGGCCGGCUUGUAG